AAAAAAAAUUCAAAAACUCAUUUGUUUCUUCUUGUUGUUUUUCCGAUUUUCCAAUAUUUUUUUUCUUUUUUUGUUUUUCUAUUUUUUUUCUUCUGGGGUUUAUAGGGUGGGGAGAAGAAUUUUGGGUAACACUUAUUUUCAAUGAUUAAAAUUUAGGUUCAUUUACAUUGGAUGCUGCUUUACUGUAAUCACUAUCAGUUUUGAGAAAUCAUAACUAGUACGUUCAAUUUCCAUUCCUUCUUUCUCUCUCUAAAAAAAAUGUUUGGUCUUUGUUUCUCAAACUUCUCUUUGGUUUAUUUAACGCUCAAAAACUUUGAUUUCCUGCAUUUUUCAGCCUCUGUGUUUUUCUUUGGAGUUGUUUUUCAGUUGUAAUUUUUGACUGGUUUAUUUAUUUAUUUUUUUCUUGUCUUGGGUACAAGCAGAGGCAUUUUUGGUGAUGGUUCAGAUCUGAAAGCAAUCCAGAGAACUAUGAAAAAACAAAGACUUUGCAGGAGGAACAGCUCGUUCUCUGCUUGAAAAAAGCUUUCAACUUUUAAGCGGGUAGAGAGGAAAUGGAGAGCCUGAGAAUUUUCUCUUGGAUUUUCUUUCUGGGUUUGUUUUUCUUGAGGGUAAAUGCAGACCCAGUUGAGGAUAAGCAAGCUCUGCUGGAUUUUGUCAACCAACUUCCUCAUUCUCGGUCUCUCAAUUGGAAUGAGAGCUCUCCUGUGUGUGACCACUGGACUGGAGUGGCUUGUAGUGUGGACAAAUCUCGUGUAAUAUCCGUCAGAUUGCCCGGGGUUGGAUUUCACGGUCCGAUUCCACCGAAUACACUUAGCCGUCUUUCAGAGCUUCAGAUUUUGAGCCUUAGAUCCAAUGGUAUAAGUGGGCAUUUUCCAUCUGAUUUCUCAAAUCUCAAAAACCUGUCUUUUCUUUACCUUCAAUUCAACAACUUCUCUGGGCCAUUACCUUCAGAUUUCUCAGUUUGGAAGAACCUCACUAUUGUAAACCUGUCUAACAAUGGCUAUAAUGGUACUAUUCCUUAUUCACUCUCCAGCUUAACUCAGCUAACAGGCUUGAAUCUUGCAAACAACUCACUUUCUGGUGAAAUCCCUGAUCUCCAGCUCCCCAAAUUGCAGCAGUUGAAUCUAUCCAACAACAAUCUGAAUGGUGAAGUGCCCAAAUCACUUCGAAGGUUUCCAAGGUCAGUGUUCAUGGGCAACAACAUUUCUAUCUCAGGUUUCCCACCUGACCUUUCUCCUGUUCUUUCACCCACUUCAGAACCAUAUUCCAAAUCUAAGAAUGUUGGGAAGCUUGGUGAAACAGCAUUGUUAGGAAUUAUAAUUGCUGCUGGUGUUUUGGGGCUUAUAGCUUUUGGUUUUCUGAUACUUGUUUGCUGCUCAAGGAGAAACAGGAAAGAUGGGCUUUCUGGGAAGUUGCACAAGGGAGAAAUGUCACCAGAAAAAGUGAUAUCAAGAAGUCAAGAUGCAAAUAAUAGGCUGGUGUUCUUUGAGGGUUGUAAUUAUGCAUUUGAUUUGGAGGAUUUAUUGAGGGCUUCUGCUGAGGUUCUAGGAAAGGGAACAUUUGGUACAGCUUAUAAAGCAAUACUUGAGGAUGCUACCACAGUGGUGGUUAAGAGAUUGAAGGAGGUGAGUGUUGGGAAGAAGGAUUUUGAGCAACAAAUGGAGCUAGUUGGGAGUAUAAGGCAUGAGAAUGUGGUUGAGCUUAAGGCUUACUACUAUUCCAAAGAUGAGAAGCUUACGGUGUAUGAUUAUUUUAGCCAGGGGAGCGUCUCAGCUAUUUUACAUGGUAAAAGAGGAGAGAAUAGGGUCCCUUUAGACUGGGAUACCCGAUUGAAAAUAGCUAUUGGUGCAGCAAGAGGAAUUGCUCGUAUACAUACAGAGAACGGUGGGAAGCUUGUCCAUGGGAAUAUCAAAUUGUCAAAUAUAUUUCUCAAUUCAAAACAGUAUGGCUGUGUGUCUGAUGUUGGUCUGGCAGGCGUAAUGAGCUCCCUGGCCCCACCUAUCUCCCGUGCUGCUGGUUACCGAGCCCCUGAAGUAACAGACACCCGGAAAGCAGCACAACCUUCAGAUGUCUAUAGCUUUGGAGUGGUUUUACUGGAACUCCUCACUGGAAAAUCCCCAAUCCAUACCACAGCUGGUGAUGAGAUUGUUCACUUGGUCAGAUGGGUUCAUUCUGUUGUCCGAGAGGAGUGGACAGCAGAAGUGUUUGACUUAGAGCUAAUGAGGUAUCCAAACAUAGAGGAAGAAAUGGUGGAAAUGUUACAGAUAGCCAUGACUUGUGUGGUAAGGAUGCCAGAUCAGCGCCCUAAAAUGGUGGAUGUAGUGAAAAUGAUAGAAAAUGUCCGGCAUAUUGAUAAUGAGAAUCAGCCAUCUUCUGAAAACAAAUCUGAAACCUCAACACCCCCAUUGCCACCAGUUGUUGGGACAGAGAAGUUAGUUUCACACUGAGUCACCAUUUUGCCUUUUUCUUCUUUUCCCUCAUAUGAUGAAGUGUUACGUUUCAUUUUAACUCAGAAAUGUUGUUUUUAGUCUGGCUAUUGAACAGAACUGUGAUAAUUUUUUUUCUUUCAUCAACCCGAUCUCAUUUUAGGUCAGGUCGUAUAUUGGUGUUAUCAGUUGGCUGUCAAUUCUGAAAGUAGUGAAAAUUGAGAUGUUGCAUUAUAACUUCCAUAUCUCGCCCGAUCCCAUUUUAGGUCAGGUCGUAUAUUGGUGUUAUCAGUUGGCUGUCAAUUCUGAAAGUAGUGAAAUUUCAGAUAUUGCAUUAUAACUUCAA